ACGGCGGAGGCUGGAGCGGGAAGGAUACAACCGCUGCUGUAAAUGUUUGGUGUCUAAUCAAAACCGUUGUUUACUCGGUACCUGGAAGAACUGGAAGAGCCCUCGCACCUUAUAAUGAUGUGAAACUAAAUGUUUUAUCGUUUUAGUUUGUGGGAAACGGACAAGGGACAUUUCCGGUCACUUUAAGCUGUGUGUUUGCUAGCUAAAUGUACACUAGCUGCUCGAGUUUUGACAAGUUGCAGCAAGACAGACACCAACAGGUGGAUUUCCCAUUGCCGAUAUUCACUAUCAAUGGCCUCCAAAGCAGGUUGGCAGCAUCCUUACGUCAACAUAUUCAGACAUGUCCGAGUUGAGGACUGGAAGAGGUCGGCAAAAGAGGGGGAUGUGUCAACAUACAUGGACAAGAGACUGAAGUGUUCAGUGUUCAGGAUCAGGGGUCCUGUUCCUGCCAACAGCUACAUCCUGAUACCCAAACACAGCAGCCAGUCUCUGGGGCUGACCGGUCGCUACUUCUACCUUCUCUUCCGGCCCAGCCCUGACAAAUACUUUGUGGUCCACCUGGAUGUUUCUGUGGAGGAGGGCCAGGUGGUCCGUAUCUCUUUUUCCAACAAGUUCAAAGAGUUCAAGUCCACAGCUACUUGGCUUCAGUUCCCUUUCCUGUGUGGAGCUGCAAAGGAUUCAGUCUAUGAAAGCACAGCCAAAUCUGCAAGACAUGGUUUGGUGGGUCCAGCCCCCACUUCAGUGCGUUGGACCUGUCUGAUGCUGGACCUGCAGUACACACUCUCUGUCUACCUCAACCGCUGCUACAGUCAAAUAAAGAGCAUUAAACUUUGUGCCAACAUGGCAGUGAAAAACUUGUUUACCAGUGACCUGCUGCUAGAUCCAGGAAUUUCUUUCAGUGAAGCCAAGUUGAUGGGUCUGGCUUCUUCUCAGGGAACAGGUCCCAUGCCCAGAGAAAUGUCGUUUCCUGUGCCCAAGGGUGGUUCCUGGCAUGACCUUUAUGAUUAUAUCAGGUUUCCCUCAGAGGGAACAAAGUUACCCUUUGACUCCAUUCAAAAAGGCGAUUCCAGGCCUGAGGCUGGCUGUGCUUCUAACCAAAGAAUCCCUAUUAGAGAGGAGUCUCGCUGUGUCAGCCUCAGCAAGCCAGUACAGGACCGUGUGUCCCUCAUCCAGCAGAUCACCACUCCGAAAUCACUCCCGAGGAAUCGAACCCCCAUGGUGACCAACAUACCAGAGCUGGGCGUAGUUUCCACUCACCAGAACGAUGACUGGCUUCUCCAAAAUGAUGAGCAGUAUCAGCAGGAGUCAGCAUGCUCCAGUUCACAGCAGUUCACAUACAGGCGUCCCUUGGGUAUCGAUGAGGAGGGAGUUCAUAUGCACGAUUAUCCUGAGGACGGCUUCGGCAAACAUGGGGAGGAGAGUGAAGAGGAGAUUGUUUGCACUCUAGAUCCACAUCCUGUCCAUCUGUCAUCGUCCAAAGAAACCAGGCAGCAGACGUUGCUUCCAGACCCGAUUCUCAGGCUCAACCGAAUCAUCGGCUUUGGCGGAGCCACUACUAAAUGUACCCUGUGGACCAAAUCGGGGGACGCAGUGGUCUAUCCGUGUCAUGCAAUUAUCGUCUCUAUGAAGAUAUCCUCUAACCAGCAGAGAUUCUUCAUCGGCCACACUGAUAAGGUAUCUGCCCUGGCUUUUAAUGGCAACACAACGCUGCUGGCCUCCGCACAAACUGGCAACCACAGUGUAGUUCGAGUGUGGAACUACCACAAAGGAAACUGUCUGGCCAUGUUUAGGAUUCAUGCUCAUUCAUUGUCCUCGCUUAGCUUCUCAUACGGCGGUGGUAUUCUCUGUGGAGUGGGUAAAGACAGCCACAGUAAAACCAUGGUGGUGGUGUGGAACACUCUGAAUGUUACUAAAGGUGGAGAGGUGACCGUCUUAGCCAAAGCACACACAGAUGUUGACAUCCACACCAUGAAAAUUGCCUUCUUUGAUGAUACAAGGAUGGUGUCAUGUGGUCGUGACAAUAUUCGCCUGUGGCGAGUAAGAAAUGGGAUGCUGCGAUCCUGUCCAGUCAACCUGGGUGAAUAUCACUCACUUGACUUCACUGAUGUGGCCUUUGAGGAGGGAAACUUCGACCAGCACCUUGAUGAUCGAACACUAUUAGCCAGCAGUCGGAGUGGCUACAUCUUUGAGAUCGACUACAGCAGAGUUACUAUUAGAAAUGUCAGGAGGCUGUUGCCUGCACAGCAGCAGCAUGCAAACCGCAGGGAGAAAUGGACUUUCAACACAGGUCCAGGCAUUGCCAUCAACAGCAUCAGUGUGUCCUCGUCUUUUUGUGCCACGGGCUCUGAAGAUGGCUUCCUGCGACUCUGGCCCCUUGAUUUUUCUGCCGUCUUCCUGGAGGCUGAGCAUGAGGGACCUGUGAGUCUGGUGUCAGUCUCAUCAGACAGCCUUCAGGUCCUUGCAGCCACCUCUACUGGUAACCUAGGCUUCCUCGAUGUGAGCAGCCGUGGUUACAACACACUGAUGAGGUCUCAUACAGACACUGUGCUCGGCUUCAGUGUGGAUGGCAUCCGUCGGCAUCUCACAACAGCCUCUUCCGAUGGCACAGUGCGCAUUUGGAACAUGGAUUCCCUGCAUCAGUUGUAUGAUUUUGUGUCAGAGGACAGCCCUUGCUCAGUGGCCUUCCAUCCCAGUGAGCAGGUCUUCUCUUGUGGCUUCAGCUCCGGCAUCGUCAGAGUCUUUGACAUCUCCAGUGCCAAACUGCUGGCUGAACACAAGCAGCACAGAGGUGAAGUGGUGGGUCUUGCUUUUUCUCCGGACGGGGAGUUCAUGUACAGUGCUGACUCUCAGGGCUCUCUGGCACUGUACAACGCCUCCGAGGAAGACCACAACAUGAUCAGAGUUGUGUGUAAUGUGGUGGCCCGUGGCACCGAGCACGCUCCAGAUGCUCUCAAAGUGAGCAGUGACAGCCGCUGCCUGGCUUUUAUCGGUCCCUCAGAGUACAUUGUCACCGUCGCUGACUCACAGUCUCUGGAUGAGCUGCUUCAUGUAGAUGUGAGUAUUUUGGACGUACAAAGCACCCGUCUUGAUUCUGCACUGAGGAUCUGCUUCUCUCCGGCCUCCACCGAACACCUGUUGGUCGCCACAUCUGCUAACAAGAUCCUCUGGGUUAGCACCAAGACGGGCCGUCUGCUCAGAGAGGUGUCUAAGGUCGACAAACACCAGUGCUCGUCCCUGGCUGUGAGUGAAGACAGUCGAUUUAUGCUGACGGCAGGACACAAUGCUGUGAAAGUGUGGGAUUAUAACAUGCAGCUCGACAUCAACUCACAGAUGUUCAUAGGCCACAGUCAGCCGAUCCGCCAGGUGAGCUUCACCCCUGACCAACUGGGCGUAGUCUCAGUGGGAGAUGCCAUAUUCAUUUGGGACUUCCUGGCACAUCCUGUCGACUCUUUGACUGAUAGCCGUUCACCUCUCAGAGUAAGCUACAUCUCAGCUCCUAAAUCAGAUAAAUUGGUGCUGUUGUGUUUUCAUGCAACAGUUCAACCAGAAGCUGAAGAGAGUGGAGUUCAGUUGUCCAAUGGGAUGCCCCGACAGACAGCGCCCCUCCCCUCGUCACCGCCACCACAACUUAACAUCAGCACCCUUGACCAAGUCGACCAAGGGGGUUUGGGCUCCUUGUCGAUUUGUGAUGGCACCCCAACCAUCACAACCGCUGCCGUCCCAGCCCCUGGUUCAGGUCUUUCCCCUGACUCCAGACCUGCUUCCUCUUUCCUCAAAGUCACAGAGUUGUUCAACACAUCUUCCCUGAAUACAAGUCACAUAGGUGCUGGUGAAUUAAAAGGGAGGAUGCCAGUGCGUCCUGAUUGUUACAGGCACUUUAUGCCACGUUUCAAGACCUCCACUCUUGAUCAGGGUGCUGUGGCUCCCCAACCAGGCGAAGAGGGCAUAAAGCUGAAAGCAGUGAUUGGCUACAAUGGCAAUGGGCGUGGAAACAUGGUGUGGAGCCCUGACCAAGGUUUGUUUGCAUACUCGUGUGGCUGUGUGGUGGUGGUGGAGUACCUUCAUACAGGAAGUCAGAGGCACUUGCAGGGUCACACCGAGGAGAUCUCCUGUCUGGCAGUCACAAAUGAUGCACAGACAGUGGCAUCAGCAGCUGUUGGCAGUAAUGGUAGCAGAAGCCUCAUCUGCAUUUGGGAUGUCCAGAAUGGAACUUGCCGUAAUACCAUCUCCUACCACAGAGGGGCGGUGCAGAGUCUUGCUUUCUCCAGGGAUGAUCGCUUCUUUCUGUCUGCUGGAGACUUCUCAGCCCCAGAGGUGGCUCUGUGGAGCACUAAGACCUUCCAGCUGCUGUCCAGUGUGAGUGUGUCAGGGCCGAUCCACGACGUGGCCUUCAGCCCCUCUGCAGCCAGCCAGCUGGCCUGUGUGGGCAGCCAAGGGGUUUACUUCUGUCUCCUCCACACGCAUGGCUCCGAUGUAGACCUCAAGGUCCAGAGGGUGAGAGCACCAGCAGAGGUGGGUGAUGUGGAGCUGACGGCUCUGUGCUACCACAUGGACUCGUUUCUGUUCACCGCCACCAAUCGAGGACACGUUUGCGUCUGGGACGUAAACACACAGCGAUGCUUCAUGACCUGGGAAGCUGAUGAGGGAGAGAUAGGAGUUCUGCUGUGUCGAGGGAACCGUCUGUUGACUGGCAGCAACACCCGCUGGUUGCGACUGUGGGAGGUAGAAGCCGUACAGGGCGUGAAGCCUCAGGAAAAUGUCUGCAAUGGGGAAGACAGAGCGACCAUGGUGGUGUUGGAGCAGGAGAUAAUGCUGGAUGGGACGACAGUCAGUGCAGCAUUUGAUAACACAAUGGACAUGGGCAUUGUGGGCACCACAGCAGGAACCCUCUGGUACAUCAACUGGUCUGACAACAGCAGCAUCCGGCUGGUCAGCGGGCACAAAACCAAGGUCAAUGAUGUGGUGUUCAGCUCUGAUGAGAGACAUUUUGCCACCUGCAGCGAGGACGGCAGCGUGAGGGUGUGGUCAGCCCCCAGCAACGAACUGGUGGUGCAGUUCCAGGUGCUCAACCAGGCCUGUGGCUGUGUGUGCUGGAGCACUUCUUCCAGUAUUGAGAGCGCAUGUGUGGCUGCAGGAUACAGCGACGGGACCUUGAGGAUCUUCCGGCUUUCUUCCUCAGAGAUGGAGAUGAAGCUGCAUCCCCAUCAAGUGGCUGUCACUGCCAUCCAGUACUCUGCUAAUGGUCAUGUGAUCCUUUCAGCAGGGAAGAAUGGUCUGGUAGCCGUCAGCAGCCCGGUGAAUGGAGCGACUGUGCGUGUCAUCAAGGACCACAAAGGAGCGCAGAUUACCACCAUCCAGUGUGUGAAUGAACAGUGUAAGAAUUUCGGACUGGAAGGAAACGAGAUGUGGUUGGCGGCCAGUGCCGACAGACGCGUCAGUGUGUGGGCUGCCGAUUGGCUGAAGGACAAAUGUGAUCUGCUUGACUGGCUGACAUUUCCUGCUCCGGCCUAUUUUGGGGAUGACAGCCCACCUCCCAGCUUGGCUGCCUUCUGCCCCACAGACCCCAGCCUGGUGGUCUACACUGGCUACGGAGUAGAGAAAGAGCUGUCCUUCUACAGCCUGGCCAAAAAGCAGAUAAUAAAAAAGAUUGCCCUGCCUGACUGGGCCACAUGCUUUAGCCUCUCCUGUAAGAACCAGCUCAUAGCUGUGGGAUCGAAAGAGCGAGUGUUGAAAUUGAUCGAGUCGACGAGCGGCAAGUUCCAGGACUUCCUGCAGCACAGCGACUCACUGCAGACGUGCCACUUCUCUCCCUCAGGGACUCUUCUUUUUACUGUAGCUUAUAAUGAGAUCCUGCUGUGGGAGGUGCAGGGCCUCUGAGGGCCUUAGAUCUGUUUUUACACACACAUACCCAGCUUUCACUGUUACUUUAUACGAUUUUAUUGAUCUAUAUUUAUUUUUUAUGAAUCAAAUAUUUGUAGGGAAAUAGCAAUCAUUUGUGGAGGGUUGCGUACGGUUUGCCACGUUGGAGUUUUUUCAUGUAUAGUUUUAAAAUCCAUUUUUGUAGCAGGAAUUGUUUUACAUGUUCAAUCACUUCUAAUGUUUGACUAUUUAUUUUACUUUUUUAAAUGUGAAUUAGAACGUGUAUGAAUACUGAUGAGUGAUAACCAGUUGCUGUCAUUACCUGCUGUUUUUCACUGGUAGCUGCUUUGGGAUUAGAUGAGUUUGAAAUAAAAGGCAGCAUGUAA